AUGAGUGGGUCGACCACCGACACUUCGAGGACCACGGCGACAGCCGGCUGGCGCAGCAAGUUGAAAGUGCUGGCAUUGCAAAGUAUGAGAUCGACUCCACCCAGAGUUUCAUCGAGCGGGAGCACGAGAAGUUCCAUCAGGAGAAGCUCACGGCCGUGA